AGCUUGUCAGACCGUCCAAGCCCCUCCCCCAGCUAGCAGCGGUAGCUAACAAGUUAGUGGUGCUAGCAGUGGCUAAGCUACAUGCUAGCUGGCGCUUUGAGAAGAUGGCAACGGACUGGCAAGCUUCAGCUAUAGAGCAAGCCGAAUUGAUAUCCAGUCGUCUCAGAGAGCUGUUAUCCACCGGGGAGGGAUAUAUCCGAUCGGAGUUUGGGGUGGAAUUGGGCCUGACGCCUGAGCUGUACCCGUCAUGGGUGAUUCUCUCCACGGCGGUGGUUGGGCUGCUGGUGCUGCUGGUUCUGUCGUGGGCCGCGGUCUGUGGCGGACUCUUCGGUGGGAAAAAGCUAGGAGCUCCGGUUACACAAGACAGUGGUGAUUCCCCCAAGGCCCAAGUGAAUAAGAUUGUGAAGCCCGAGGCACAAAAUAAAAAGACUAAAAAGAAAUCUACUGAAAAGAAGGCUCAGUAUAAUGGACGAACAGUGCCAGAGCCUCAGGAGGAAGUGAGAGAAGAGAUUACCAAACCUUCCCCAGAGAUUAAAACUGAGGUGAAGAAAACCAAGAAGAAAGACAAACCCGAGGUGAAACCAGCCAAGAGGGUUUCUGCUGGCGAUGGCAAAGAGCUUGAUGAUGGUACGUGGGAGACUAAGGUGAGUAACCGGGAGAAGCGGCAGCAGAAGAGGAAGGAGAAGGGGCCUGACGGGUCAGGAAGCCCGGAGGGGGUGGAGGUACCUCACCGCCAGGUGGAGCAGCCCCCUCUCACCGCCCCGGUCAACAGGAAGAACAGAGAGCCCUUGCACCUGAGGACUGGGAAAGGAGAUUCUAUCACGACACCAGUGUCCACCAGCUGGAGAGAGGAGCCGUCAGUGAACGGUGGAGGGUGGCCAGAUAUCUCCAUGAAGCUGCCCACCCAUAUCUGCUCUUCAGACGGGGAGAAGUGGCCGGCCAUCCCUAAAGGACCCCGACACUUGAACUCCGAACCCACCUGGAGACAGGACACUGAAGGGUCAGACACUCUGCCUAUGCAGCGCAGCUUGGGUCUCAACUGGGACCUCAGGACCGAGACUUUCACCUUCAAGGUAGCCGAAGAUGAGAAGCACUUCACACACCGAGGAGUACUAUCAACUGGGAACAGUCUGUACGACCCAUUGGGAUUUGUCUCCCCUGUCACCAUUCAAGGCAAGUCUAUUCUCAGGGAGCUCACAAUGGCCAACGGCGAAUGGGACUCCCCCCUGCCUCCAGAAAUGGAGGAGCCAUGA